CGUGGCUCGGAGCCGGAAGCGGGAGGCUGCAGGGGCGGGCCGGCUGGCGUCCCCUUUCCGGCCGGUCCCCAUGGAGGCGCUGGGGAAGCUGAAGCAGUUCGAUGCCUACCCCAAGACUCUGGAGGACUUCCGGGUCAAGACCUGCGGGGGCGCCACCGUGACCAUUGUCAGUGGUCUUCUCAUGCUGCUACUCUUUCUGUCCGAGCUACAGUAUUACCUCACCACGGAGGUGCAUCCUGAGCUCUACGUGGACAAGUCGCGGGGAGAUAAACUGAAGAUCAACAUUGAUGUACUUUUCCCGCACAUGCCUUGUGCCUAUCUGAGCAUUGAUGCCAUGGAUGUGGCUGGGGAACAGCAGCUGGAUGUGGAACACAACCUGUUCAAGCAGCGAUUAGACAAAGAUGGCAUCCCCGUGAGCUCAGAGGCUGAGCGGCAUGAGCUUGGGAAAGUUGAAGUGACGGUGUUUGACCCUAACUCCCUGGACCCCGAUCGCUGUGAGAGCUGCUAUGGCGCUGAGUCAGAAGACAUCAAGUGCUGUAAUACCUGUGAAGAUGUACGGGAGGCAUAUCGCCGUCGAGGCUGGGCCUUCAAGAACCCAGACACUAUUGAGCAGUGCCGGCGCGAGGGCUUCAGCCAGAAGAUGCAAGAGCAGAAGAACGAAGGUUGCCAAGUGUAUGGCUUCCUGGAAGUCAACAAGGUGGCCGGAAACUUCCACUUUGCCCCUGGGAAGAGCUUCCAGCAGUCCCAUGUGCACGUACAUGCUGUGGAGAUCCAUGACCUGCAGAGCUUUGGCCUCGACAACAUCAACAUGACCCACUACAUCCAGCACUUGUCGUUCGGGGAGGACUACCCGGGCAUCGUGAACCCCCUGGACCACACUAACGUCACUGCACCCCAAGCCUCCAUGAUGUUCCAGUACUUUGUGAAGGUGGUGCCCACAGUGUACAUGAAGGUGGAUGGGGAGGUGCUGAGGACAAAUCAGUUUUCUGUGACCAGACAUGAGAAGGUCGCCAGCGGGCUGUUGGGUGACCAGGGGCUUCCCGGAGUCUUCGUCCUCUAUGAGCUCUCACCCAUGAUGGUGAAGCUGACAGAGAAGCACAGGUCCUUCACCCACUUCCUGACAGGCGUGUGCGCCAUCAUCGGGGGCAUGUUCACGGUGGCUGGACUCAUCGAUUCGCUCAUCUACCACUCGGCACGCGCCAUCCAGAAGAAAAUUGAUCUGGGGAAGACAACGUAGUCAUCCUCUUUCCCUUUGGUGGUUCCCCUCUUCUGUUUCUCCACGGCCUGUGGUUCAAUCCCCAGCCACCCCACCCCGCCGCCUCAGAGUGAGCCCAGCCCCAGGGCCUAAUCUAUUGAUUGUGAUAGUA